AAGAUCACAAUAUUAACAGCAUUGGUCAAUCAGCUUUGAGGAUCAAAAAGAUAGACACAGAAGGAGACAAGGCAGACACACAAAUAAAGAGAUAUGGCAAACAGUGGUGAAGGUAAAGUGGUGUGUGUAACAGGAGCUUCUGGUUACAUCGCAUCUUGGCUUGUCAAACUCCUCCUUAGCCGUGGCUACACAGUUAAGGCAUCCGUCCGAGACCCAAGUGAUCCCAAAAAGACACAACACUUAGUUUCGUUGGAAGGUGCAAAGGAAAGACUUCACCUAUUCAAAGCAGAUCUUCUGGAAGAAGGAUCAUUUGACUCUGCUAUUGAUGGAUGCGAAGGAGUUUUCCACACUGCUUCCCCAUUUUAUAAUGAUGUCAAAGACCCACAGGCUGAACUUAUUGAUCCUGCUGUCAAGGGAACACUUAACGUUUUGAACUCGUCCACCAAAGCAUCUUCUGUUAAAAGAGUUGUUGUGACUUCCUCCAUGGCAACCGUUUCUUUCAAUGGUAAACCACGCACACCUGAUGUAACCAUAGAUGAAACACGGUUCUCUAAUCCUGAGAUAUGCCAAGCCUCAAAGAUGUGGUAUGGUCUAUCCAAGACCUUGGCGGAAGAUGCUGCUUGGAAAUUCGCUAAAGAGAAAGGCUUAGACAUUGUUACUAUUAACCCUGCAAUGGUGAUCGGUCCUCUCUUGCAGCCAACUCUCAACACUAGUGCUGCUGCUAUACUAAACUUAAUAAAUGGUGCAAAAACAUUCCCCAACGCUAGUUUCGGAUGGGUUAACGUAAAGGACGUAGCCAAUGCGCACAUCCAAGCAUAUGAGGACCCUUCAGCUAAUGGACGUUAUUGUAUGGUCGAGAGUGUUGUUCACCUCUCCGAGAUUGUGAACAUUUUGCGUGAGCUUUACCCAAAUCUCCCACUCCCUGAAAGGUGUGUAGAUGAGAAUCCGUAUGUCCCGACGUUUGAAGUGUCCAAGGAGAAGACGAGGAGCCUUGGCAUAGACUACAUACCCUUGAAGGUUAGCAUCAGGGAGACCGUCGAGUCCUUGAAGGGGAAAGGCUUCAUACACUUCUGAGAAAGCAUUUGAGCCCACGGUUUUAAACAAGAUUUGAUAAAGUAUUUGGAACAAGUCAUCUUUCUUUCAAGGUGAUGUUUCAAUAUUGAAAACAAUGUCAGAAAAUUUAAGAUAACAUCUUCAUAUCGUUC